AUGAGCAGCAUGGGCGGGAACUGGCGGGUUGCACUUCAAGACAACAUCCGCUUCUCUGAAGAGACACUCCAGCGCCUGCGGGAACGUCAAUCUAAACAUGAAACCGCACGAAAGAUGUUAGUAACCGCAUUUGAUGCCCCAUUGGAUGUAGACCAGAAGAAACAACAACAAUAUCAACAUCAACAAUAUCAACAUCAACGUAGUCCAUUAUCGUUGGGAGAGUUAAGUGAUAAUGUGAAUUCUUUACAAUGGCAAGUAAAGAACUGUUUGGCGGAGUUAGAUACGGAGCGGACUGUGCGAUGCGACGGGGUCCGUGAAGUGCAGCAGCAACUCUCUAAUGAAGUUGGUGAGUUGAGGGCAAUGUGUCUACAGUUAAAGAAAGAAAACGCGUAUUUAGGUGAAACCGUGCGAUCUCUGGAAAAGCGAUUGCUGCUUUCUAAUGUAAAUCCAACCACUGAUAUACAUAGACAUUCUACUCCUCCUACUACUACGCCUACUACUACUACUACAACUACUGCUGCUCCUAUUAAUACUGCUGCUGCUGCUGUUUUUUCUUCUUAUCCUCCUCCCUCCAGUGAUCUUGUCAAGCGUGUGGAGGAGUUGGAAUCCACAGUAGUGCGUCAGAAACGUUUAAUAGAGGAUCGACAAACACGUCUCGAUGGUGUUCUGCGUGAGAUGGUGAAUGUGAAGAUAGAUACAGAGAUGGAACGUAUGCGAUCAGUGGCGCGGGAUGCGGCGCGAUUGUGUGCGGAGGAUCUCCUGCGGCUGCGGCUCUCCGAUGUGCAAUCCACCUUUACUGCAGAGAUGCAGAAGAUGAUGGAGUUUGUAACGAGCCACGGCUAUCAUCAUCAUCAUAGUAAUAAUAGCAACAAGAAUAGUACUAGUGGUAGUAAUAGUAAUAGUGGUAAUAGUGGGGAAUCCAUGCCGUCUGUGGAGAUGCAAUUACGUCAAGUGAAGGAAGAUGUACUGCGGCGUGUGUGUGAUGUGGACGCUGCCGUCUCUCUUCUCUCCACGGCGGCGCAGCGACACGAAUGUGAAUUGCGUGCGGUGGAGGAUCGAGUGGGGCAACGCGUGACGGCAUUAGAGCGGAACUGCAGUGCGGCCCACGCAGCGGCGGCGGCGGUGAAAUUAGAGUCCGUCAUCACCGAGCGGCUUGUGGAGAUGUGCGGCCGGACGAUGCUGCGCAAAGAGGAGGCGGCCCACCUGCAGGAUCAACUGCAGCAACAAAUCACAACACUGCGGGAUCAACUCACGGGUUGGCGAGAAACACACAAUCACAACACACAAACCGAACGGCGGGGAAUCACAGAAAUGGAAGAACGACUGACAAGUGUUCAACACACAUUAGAAUCUUCUCAAUUAGAACUACAGCAGCAGAUCAGUCGAGUGGAACAGCAAAUACGGGCGGUGCGGAAUGAAGUGGAUCAAUGGAAGCCGCGGCUUACUGAGGCGUUAACAACAUGUGAAGAGGCACGGGCGAGUGCGCGGGAGUCGGCGGCGUGUAUACAAUCCACAGAAGCAAACACACGUGAGGGACUCGCACGCAGUCAAGCACAACUGCAAACACACCGUAAAGAACAGGAAACUACAGCAACGAUGGUGCAGCAACUCGCUGUUCGCAUGACGGCCAUAGAGGAACUGCGACACACCGUGCAGGAUGUCUGCAUGCCUAAAUUAAUGGAAUUGGGGCGGGUGAGUUUAGAACUACAAACACGCAGUGAACAACAACAACAACAGGAACGAGAAAAAGAACGAGAAGAACAACAACAAGAAGAUAUUUCACGCCGGGUAGAAGUGGAGAUGCAACAGAUAUCGACAUUACGCCGUGAACUACAGACAGGACUACGAAGUGUAGAGGAUCGUCUCUUCACAGCAUUGCGAGGUUGGCAGCAGGAUAGUACAACAGCAACAGAAACCUUAAAGUUCUGUAUAGAUGAAGUAACAGCGGCUGUGAAAUCACAUGAAAAGUUGUUUGCCCGCAAGUCUGCAGUAGACACGGUACUAGUAGAGAUCACAGGCAUUACAGAGAAACUGGAAAAUGUAGAAAGUGCGGUGGACGUGGUUUCCAAACGUACAGCAGCAGCCGCAGCAGCAGCAGCCCAACAACAACAAAAAGAAAGAGAAGAAGAAAAAGAAAAAGAUCAAUUCAUAGAAAUUGAAAAAUUACGUGAUUACACAGACUCUGCAUUAGAGAGAUUGCGGCAUCGUAUGGUGGAGGUGGAACGACUCAGCAGCACACGUCCCACUGCAAAUAAAGAACAACAACAACAACAAAAAGAGGAAAUGCAUCAAUUAGAGAUGCGUCUGCAGGAGGAAGUAGAGCGGGUAACACAACAACUACACCGCAUGCGAGAGGACAACACCGCACAACUGCAGAAAGUUCGUCUCAUCAUGGAAGAAGAAAUGGAACGACGUUGUUCCCAUACAGAAGAGACAUCGCAGAGUGGUCUGCAACGACUACAACAACAAUUCGAACGUUUACGUGAAAUGACAAAUGCUGCGCGAGUAGUGGGGGCCAUUGCAGAUGAAAUGGCAUUACGAGAUGUGUUGGUGGAGUCUCUGCGGGAUGUGUUUGCCCGGCGUGAGGACACCACCAGCGCAUUAACACAACUCUCAAAGAAGAUCCAACAACAACAGGAGCAACUCACCGAAAUGAAUGGACGUUGUCAGACAUAUGAACACGACUGGACACAUCGUCUAAACGUUUGUGAGUCCUCACAGCGAGAUCAGACAACACGGUCAGUGGAGUUGGAACAACAACUACGACAGGCAAUAGAAGAGUGUAGAAAUAGUUGCGGUACCGUUGAAGGGAAACUCACAUCUCUUGAGGCGCAGCAACAAACCACUGCUGAACUCAACAAGCGUUGGCGUGAGGAGAGCCGUAGGGAUUACAAAAGAGAUGCGGAACUUCUCACAGAGCACUUGGAUGAACGUGUUGGGGCUGUGCAGAGUGUUGCGGCUGCUGUGGAGGUACAGACCCGAACACUGCAGCUCCGCGUGAAGGAACUACAGGAACAGUACACCGCACUGAAGGAGGAACAAGUGGAGAAGGCGACACUAUCCACUAGAGAAGGAAUAGAUCAUCAAGAGAAGAGCCCUCAUAAUAAUAAUAAUAAUAAUAAUAAUAAUAAUAAUAAUAAUAAUAAUAAUAAUAAUAAUAAUAAUAGUCGUAGUAAUAGUAGUAAUAAUAACAAGAAUAACCAAAAGAGGGAUGAUAAUGAUGAUGAUGAUGAUGAUGAUGAUGAUGAUGAAGAGGACAACAAGUGGAAUGAGGUGCUCUCUGCUCGCAUUGCAGGAUUAGAGGAGCGAGUGGAGUUGGCUGCACAGACCACCGCAGAUGCCCUCAGUGUCCUGCAGGAAAGCAUACAAGCAUGCGUAGCACUAUUUGUACAGGAAGUCUCCUCUAGUGCGGUAUUGCAAGAAAGACCUCCAGACACUCCAGAGUGGCGUCAAGUGGCGGAUGUGCGUGGAUUAGAUGGUGUGUUACUUUUUCUGUGGGAGCGACUGUGUGGAUUGUAUGAGACGGCACAGACACUGCAGGAGGGAGCACUUGGGACAUUAGAUUUGCUGCAACAACAUGAGGAGCGACUGUUUCUACUGCGACCCAUUCAGUCUCUAGUAGUGCGUACGGCUACUCGAAUUGCAGAGAUGGAAGAGGCAAUUGGAAUGCCACAUGAUCUUUAUAUUGAUCCUCAGUUGUUAGAGACAUCAGAAGAAGGAGGGAAUGGGGCCACCGAGUGA